AAAAGCCCCCGUGUGUGCUAAUUGAAUUAGCGGUUUUCCAUUGACAGGUGCCAGUGCCGCAGCCGUGGUCCGUGUUUUUCCGAGCCGUUCUCCGCCGGAGCCUCUUCACACUGGCUAAAAUGCUGAGCUGCAACGGACGUACCAAGUUCUCAGUCUCAGUCAAUCGGCCUGGCUCACUGAUCUAGUGGAUAUAUCCUUGGCUGCGGGCUGAUGAUGAUGACCAACCACCAACAGCACCACCAACAGCAGCAGCAGCAUCAGCAGUUCCACCAUUAUCACCACCAUCAGAUCCACCAAGUGCACUCGGAGUCGCAAUUGGAGCGACGCAAUUCCGACUUGGAGCAGAAUCGCAGUAGGAACACCACGGAUCGCAUUGGCUCCGCCAUGGACUUCAGGAAUCUGUGCCAGCGCAUCGAUGUGGACAGCCUGAGAGCUAAAUUACCCCAGCUGAAGCUGCCCAAAUCGCUGCCCAAGUUGCGUGGUCGCAAGAUAUUCCGCAGCUCCAAGAGCGACGAACAUCCGGCGGGCGGAGCAGCCACGGGAUCCUCGAAGAAUGGAGGACAACUGCAGCAGCAGCAGCAGUCGCACCUGGAGUUGCCGGGACAGUCGCAGCAGUUCAUCAACAGGACGCCGCAGAGGAUCUCCACGAUCAGUUCGCUGAUGUACGAAGGCGAGCAGGAGGAGAUGCGGGCGAACCAGGGACAACUGCAGCCGGGAACGGGAACGUAUCGAAGUGCCGGCAGUCUGGAUGACGAUUACUAUGCUCCUGGCGGCAGCGGAGAAAGAGCCUCGCGACCCAUCAGUCCCAUUAAGAUUCCGGCUGGCGGGGCGGAUGGCUCCCCGCCAACUGGAGGAGGAGGAGGUGUUCGCAGCUCGAUAACCCAACGGUUGCAGAGGGGCUACAAGAGUCUCAGCGAACUGCGGCUCAAGCACAUCUUCGCCAAGCAGACCACGGUGCGCAGGGACAACAUCGAGGUGGAUCGCUAUGUGGAGCAGUACGAGCGGGAACUCAAGUCCGAGAAGUUGGCCAGGGAGCGAAGGGAUCGCGAGAUAGCCGAGAACUACGAUAUAAAGAUCAAGACUCUGGCUGGCACACGACAGAAUACCUUCGAAGAGGAUGAGGUCGAGCACGAGCAGUUCGAGCGGGGCAAACUGAACCACGAGACCGAUGAGAGUGGCAUGGAGGCCACACCGCCACUCCCGAAUCGCAGGAAGCCCGGCAUUGCGGCCACCAGGUUCGCCAAGGUGAGAAAGCCACCGCUGGAAAUGGAGGAGCAGUCCGGCGAACUGGAGGAGGAUCAACCACAGGCACCUCCGCGUCCCAGCAGCUACAAGCAGUUGCUCAACAAGUUGCCACACCUUCCCAGUUUGCCCAGUCUGCCACAGCUUUCCAGGGAAAAGAAGGAGGAGCCAGCCACCAAAGCAGAGGAAAAUGCCGAGGAAAUCAAUCCGAGUUCCAGUUCCAAGUACGGAAUCAGGCAAAACAUCAAGAGGCUCAGGAAGUCCAUCAAGCGACCAGCCAAGUUGAAGUCCAAGGCCAGCACAGCUGCGGAUUCGGAUGAGGAGGAGGAUCCCGUGGACAAGCCCAAGGAUCAGCUGCCCAGGAAGACCUCCUCCAUAAAUCUGCGAGCGCGUCUCAGUCGCUUUGCAUCCACGGAGCAAUUGCAGCAGCGUUGGCGAAAGAGCUUCAAGGGUUCCACCAAGGAGACCAGGGAACCCGAAGCCCAUGGAGCAACCGAGGAACCCUCGAAUGCCGGUGGAGUGCUGGGUGGUCUCCUGCUGGGCUCCCAGCUGGAGAAGACCCUGGCCAAGCUGAACGACAAGGUGCACCAGCUGAAGUUUUUUCAGCGGCACUCCGGCCCGAACCCGGAGAUCUCGCAACCAAAACCGAAUACAGUCGGCCACGAACCCGUGGAAAUCGAUGAUGACGGGGAGCUGCCGGAGACCUACCAUCGCAGCGAUAGUCCCGAGAGUGGGGAGAACGGGCGGGACAACGAGGAGGACAGCGGCGAGGAUGUGUCCGCUGAGGAGGCAUUUGGCCAGAUCCAGCGGGAGACUCAGGAUCCGAAUCGGGAGAGGAGGAAGCCAUCCGUAUCGGAGAAUAAGAGCACCCACGCUGCUCGCCAAAUGGCGAAGCUGGCUGAGAUUCAGGCGGCGUCGAAGAGCGGAGCGGCCGCCUGGAGCAGCGAAUCGCUGGAGGAGAUGGCCGACGAGGACUACCCGCGGGUGCUCAUCCACCAGGAGCACUCCGAUGCCUACGAGUCCACGCUGAUCAUAGCGGUGGCCGCCGGCAAGGGUUCCCUUUCCCCGAGGUUGCCAAAGGGUUCGCCUGCUGCCGCUGGAGCAGCCAGAUCUUCUCCCUAUCCGGAGAUUACGAUUUCCUCCUCUUUGGAAGUGGUUUCUCCUGCAGUUGCAGUCAGUUCCAAUCCGGCCAAGCGCUCCCCUUCGCCGGAGUUCCAAACGCCAGCUGGUGGCAUCAAGGUCUCCGCUUCGGAGGCGAGCAUCUGGCUGCCCAACGAGCAGAUCAUCGCCGGCUUCAGGGAGCAGCAGGCCUCCUGGCCAGCUCCCAGCUUGUACAAGCCGAAGAGCAUCGAUAUAUUCGAGGCAUCCGCCGGUGGUUCGGCCGCCUUUGCAGACUUCGAUGAAGCCCUGCGAAAUGCUCCCGUGCUGAGGAUCAGUGCGGGGAGCAGCAUCGAUACGAGUGGCGAGGAGGCGGACGACAGCAGCUCCCGGGUGACCAGGAUACGGGUGCAGAGUCCGCAGAUCGGGAACAGCAGGGAGAGCUUGAUGGCCCAGGAGGAGGAGGACGAGGAGGAUGCGGAGCUGGUUGCGGACCGAAAUGGAAAUGAAGAUGAGGAGGCGGAUGAGGAUGAGGAGGAGGAGGAGGACUCCUCCGAGAGGGAUGCCUCGGAACGACCGCCCUCAGAGUCGCCGCCACCACCACCACUUCCACAGCGACGACCGCCGCCCAAACGCCCAGCCACGCCCCCUCCCAUUUACGAUGCAGUGCCGCCUCCUCUGCCCAUCAGCAAGCCACCGAACGCAGCUCCUCCCUCGCCGAAUCCCGCUCCUCCUGCCUCGCCCGCAGUGGGAACAGCAGCAGCUGCUCCUGCAGCGGCGGUCGCCAUUCCACCCGUCGUCAGCCGGGGAGUCCCGCAGAGAAGCGCCUCCAUGUCGCGACCCGCCAAGCCACUGGUGAAAACCAGUUCCCUGCGACUCACCUACAACGAACAGGUGCGCCCGGGUGACGUGGGCAAGGUCAACAAGCUGAUAUCCCGCUUCGAGGGCGGCAGGCCGAGGAUCUGUCCGCGGCGGAUGCACAGCGAGGAGUACGAGCGGAGUGGCCACGAGGACGAGCCCGAAAUGGAGGAGAUCCUCGAGCUGCAGCUAACCGAAAAGCGGAUCGUGGACUCGGUUACGCCCACAAAUCGAGCUGUGGUUAUACCACAGAUAACACUCAACAACAACAACAACAGCAAUGAAGAUCAGGAUGCAUUGUUGUUGGCCCAAAGUAGAGCGAAAAAGAAGUCCAUGGAACUGGCCUUGGAUCGACACAACUCCAAUUGCAGCCGAUCCGAGUACGGCUCACCAUUAUCCUUUCCCAGCAGCCGGCGCAGUUCCACGCCCACGAAUCUCAGCUCCCAGUCGAGUUCUAUAGCGAAUCCGAAUCCGAAUCCGAAUCCGAAUCAGAAUAGUGUGCAAAGCCUACAACAACAACAACAACAACGACGUAGCCGACGAUCGAUGACCCGCGAUGAUGACAAUUUCUAUAGCUUCGAUAGCGACGAAGAGAACAGCUACUACUCCAUAAGUCCCUCGGGCAGCAGUCGCUAUGUGGUGGAGAUCUGAGCGAAACGUAGGAUAAUAUAUAGUUUAAGACCUGGCAAAUUUACGUGUGCUUUUAACAGCAAUCCAAAAAAAAGUAUUUACCCAACAUUCAUGUUAAAUUAACAAACGAAAAAUGUAAUUUGAGCUGUUUAAACCAGAGACAAAAUUUACAAAAUUAAGAAAAAAACGUUUCAAAGGUUUAUAAAUAUUUGCAGCCUUGAACUCAUUUUUUUUUUUUUGCUAGCCUAAGCUUUUAUUUAGCAAAUAAAGUACAACUUGUAAACAUAACAAAGCAAGAACAAAACAAAAAAAACGAAAAUAAACUAACGAUAUAGAUAUCGUGCAUAUAAAGAGUCAAACGUAAA